UUGCGGCGUCUCAGCAGACUACAAAUAUGAUAGAGGAAGGUCCUUCAACAUCUGCAGCAAAUCAAAAUCCUCAUGUUGGUAAUGUGCAGAACUCUUCUUAUGCCAGCAAUACAACUGCUGCUAUUGACAGAGAUGUCGAAUAUGAAGUAGUGUCACCUUCUUCUGAAUUGGCACAGGAGUCGCUUCAUGCCGAAUCAAAUCCACAAGUAAAUUUUAUUCUUUUUUUUUAUUAUUUUUUAACAAAAAAUAUAAUAGAGAUUAUAUGGUAA